AGAGUCUCAGAGUCUCAGCGUCUCAGAGUCUCAGAGUCUCAGAGUCUCAGAGUCUCAGCGUCUCAGCGUCUCAGAGUCUCAGCGUCUCAGCGUCUCAGAGUCUCAGUGUGGAGCAGCAGCAGACCCAGGAUCAGUCUGGAGCCCUGGUACUCGUACACCCACUGGUUCCCCAUGGCGUCGUCCCAUGUGAUGAAGGAGCCGGUGCCCAGGAUGCAGCCCGCCAUGAUGAUGUUCUCCAGCAAGUACUGGACCAGGAGGGGGAUGUCGCUGGACUCGGCCAUGUUUGACCAGCAGCAGCAACGACACACGGGGGGGCAGAUGUCUCGCCGUCCAUCCUUCUGUCCCAUCAACGAGAAGCCGGACUCAGAAAGAGGAGACGAGUCUGGGAAAACAGCUGUGGUCUUUUCUCUGAAGAAUGAGGUCGGGUGUUUGGUCAAAGCUCUGAAACUCUUCCAGGAGAAGCGAGUGAACCUGAAUCACAUCGAGUCGAGGAAGUCGAAGCGAGUGACCAACGAGGUGGAGAUCUUGGCCGACUGCAGCUGCAGUAAGAAGGAGUUCGACGACUUGUUGGAUCAUCUCAAACUUCACGUCAACGUCAUCUCCUUCAAUACGCCUGAACACGCGUGGUCGUCGGAGGCAGAUGAAGACGACGUUCCGUGGUUCCCGAUGAAGAUCUCGGAGCUGGACCAGUGUUCUCACAGAGUGUUGAUGUACGGCUCCGAGCUGGACGCCGACCAUCCCGGUUUUAAGGAUCAUGUUUAUCGUCAGCGGAGGAAAUACUUUGUGGAAGUGGCCAUGAAUUACAAAUUCGGACAGCCCAUCCCUCGCAUCCAGUACACCCCGGAGGAGGUGAAGACGUGGGGGGUGGUGUUCAGGGAGCUGACCCAACUGUACCCGACUCACGCCUGCAGAGAAUAUCUGAAGAACCUGCCGCUGCUCACCAAGCACUGCGGCUACCGCGAGGACAACAUCCCCCAGCUGGAGGACGUGUCCCGCUUCCUGAGAGAGCGCUCUGGUUUCACAGUGCGUCCUGUAGCGGGUUACUUGUCGCCCAGAGAUUUCCUCGCAGGUUUGGCGUACAGAGUGUUCAACUGUACUCAAUACGUUCGUCACAGCACUGAUCCGCUCUACACACCUGAACCUGACACGUGUCACGAGCUGCUGGGUCACGUUCCGCUGCUCGCCGACCCGCGGUUUGCUCAGUUCUCUCAGGAGAUCGGCCUCGCGUCUCUGGGAGCGUCGGACGACGACGUCCAGAAACUGGCCACGUGUUAUUUCUUCACUAUUGAGUUUGGACUCUGCAAACAGGACGGACAGCUGAGAGCGUACGGGGCAGGGCUACUGUCGUCUAUAGGAGAACUGAGGCAUGCCCUGUCGGACCAGGCCUGCGUGAGGACCUUUGACCCCCGGACGACCUGUCACCAGGAAUGUCUCAUCACCACAUUCCAGGAAGUUUACUUUGUCUCCGAGAGCUUUGAGGACGCCAAGGAAAAGAUGAGGGACUUUGCGAAGUCCAUCGUCCGUCCCUUCUCCGUCUUCUACAACCCGUUCACUCAGAGCAUCGACCUUCUGAAGGACACUGGCGGUAUCGAACGCGUGGUGCGCGACCUGCGCAGCGACCUCACCACCGUCUGCGACGCGCUGGGAAAGAUGAACACCUACAUGGGCAUCUGAGCUCUGAUUGGUCCAGAGCACCAACGGUUGUCAUGACCUCAUUAAAGAUGAAUGUUGUGAUUAUACAAAUAAAACUGAACUGAACGGAUUCAUCAUGUUAAUCAUUUACACCCUGAGGAGCAGGACACGUGACUGACCAGCAGAGGGAGACACACACUGCACGUCAUGACCUAACCGACCACACUAUGUAUAUAUGUGUGUGUGUGUGUGUGUGUGUGUGUGUGUGUGUGUGUACAGCGUGUAGCGUUCAGCCGUGCAGCCCCCGUCUCUGGAACUCUCUCCCACAAACCAUUUGUGACAGUGAUUUUCACCCCACUUUUAAAGCCCAUCUCUAAAAACACCUUUUCCGUUUGGUCUUCUCUCUGUAACUUUUGAGAAAUGUCUUAGUAUUUAACUGUGCUCUGUUUAUUACUCUGUAUUUAUGUCUGUUUUUAAUGUUGUGCAUCUGUUUUUAUCUUGUAAGGUGUCCUUGAGUUUCCUGAAAGACGCCCAUAAAUAAAAAGGAUUAUUAUUAUUAUUAUUAUUAUUAUUAUUAUUAUUAUUAUUAUAUAUGUGUGUUUGUGUGUGUGUCACACUGAGUAAAAUGUCUUCAUGCAAAUUGAAAAACUU